AUGACCGAAACAAACCAUAAUAGUUUAGGGACGGGAGGGAGACCAGACUCGCCUCCACCCUACGUACCACAGCACAUAUACUCGCGAGAAGACUUUUUGCUGGUGCGUACCGCGGCGGCUGACACGGCGGUGAGUCUGGCGCCGUCGUUGCCGGUGGCAAGUCCUCGGGCGAAGGAGCGCUGGACGCUGCGCCUCGUGCACAACGACUGGGGUGCUGCAGCUGCUUUGCCCUCCUCAGGGUCACACCUUGAACGUACAGGACGUGCAGCGCGCCCGGAGGCUAGUGGACGGCGCCAACGACGCAGUGCACCAGGUGCUCCUGGAGCAGCGACCUCCGAGCACGCUGUGGUACCGGUUCAGCUGCCUGAGCUUGUCCCUGUGAGUGAAGACUGGCUGAAGCCGCAUCCUUUGUUAGACCUUACUCAAGACAUUCCCUUAGAGGAGACCGGCAAGGAAACCAAAGAUGGCGACGAGUUCGUGGACGGCUUCCUCGAGCACGCCCGCAAGGGGGAAGACCUCCUCGUGCUGGACUUUGAAGCACAAGAUCAGUCGCAAGGGUCUAGUCUUUUGCCGAGUGUUCAACCGGGCAAGCCACGCAGCACCAUCGGCGCUCGUUCGGCACCCGAUGAUGCCGAGCUGAUCGCACCGCUUCAUGAUAUGCGACUGAGCGGAACAGUGAGCGGAUUCUCCGUGGAUACAGCUGAGCCGCCCAAGCAUCAUGCCCAGUUUGCUGAUUCGGAGACACCUGGUGGAAAGACAGGUCCGUGGGCGGGCUCACAGCGACCUGUUGCACAGAGCUGGCAUGCCGCACCAAGCAUCGGCACUGCGACCAAUGUCUCGAACCAGCGGGAGACGUUCGCUGGAAAACCUCCAGCGGAGACGACUCCUGCCAACCCCCAUCCGGCAUCUUUUGGGGAUAUUGGUAUGCUUGAGAGUCGACUUGGUCGGUGGACGCAUCGACAGGCCGAUGUUGCACCAACUGGUCCCGGCGACCGGAGCGCUCAGGAGUACAUCCCUGACCGGGGCGCACCAGUUGCAGGCGGCGCCACAAGACGGGAGCAAGACCCCCGUGCAGAGACGCUCUCGCCAAGUGUCCUGGCGUUCUUUAACCAGGUACGGGCACAGGCUGCAGUUUCGAAUCCACCGUCUCGUGUGAUGGAGACGACGUCUGAUCAGCAGUACGCAGCAGUGACAACGCAUCCGAGACCGGAGUCUGGAACGCGUUUCCCCGCAGAUGCAGACCCCAGUCUCUACGCAUUAUUCGGUAGAUAUCCUGUGCCGCCACUGAGUCAGCUGGGUCCACCGCCGGGAUUCGGGUUUCCACCGCACCUGGAACAAAGCGGUGUUAUGGACAUGCAGUCAAAUUUUGAACAGCAACGGCAACGACCGCAGCACGUUGCACGAGGACUGCAUAUCCCGCAGCCGCAGCCGCAGCCGCAACAGCCGCCACAGUCGCAACUCCCCACGCUCAAUGUUCCGUAUCAAGAAGCGUUCCCAGUGCGAGGCGGGCCCCCGUCGGGAUCCACGUUGGGUGCUUUAGUCCCAAACUCGGAACUAGAUCCAUCGCGAACAGGUCAUAUUCCGCAACCAGUCUUCAUCCAAACGAGUUCGUGGAUAUCAGGGCCCGCUCAGAACGGUCCAUUCGGUCCACUGGAUACGUUCCCGAAUGGUCCUGUUCCGUUUGACGCGCAAGCACCCUAUGCACAAAGCACCGACCCGGCCAAUCGACAUUUUCGUGAUCAGAAAUGGCCACCGAAUCUGUCUUAUCAGCCAUAG